AUGUCUACGAGCCGAAUGGUGGCGAUCAUCACCUGCAUUACCUGCAUCACCGGCCUUGGCAAUCUGCUCGCAGGCCUGUUGACAGUAUGCAUUCCGACCAUCUCGACCGAGCUACAGAUCCCAGCUGCCCUCCAGCUGUGGCCUACCUCGGCCUUUGCCCUCGCAUAUGGUUGUACUCUCCUCCCUUUCGGGGCUGCCACUGACAUUCUCGGCUGCCGCCGCGCGUGCUUACUGGGAGGCUUAAUACAAACAGCUAGUGCGGUAGGAGCUGGCCUCGCCCGCAUCUCCACACAAUUGAUCGCCCUGCGCGUUGUCGCAGGAAUCGCCGUCUCCUUUUGCCUCCCCGGGGCGGUUGGUGUCACUGCUAACGUCUUCCCCGCCAAUCAGAAUCCGCGUCGACGCACAACAAGCGGCACUGAUGAGUCUACUACCUUCGCCUCCCCACUCAACAUAUUGUUGCUCUGCAUCGCCACCCUGCUCAUCCCAGCUUUUAUCUACUGGAUGCACCGCCAAACCCGCCGCAAUCGUCCGGCCUUGAUCCACAACACGCUCUGGACCAACCUCCCCUUCACGAGCAUCUGCAUCACCGUCUUCCUCCUCUGGGGCACCUUGAACGCCGGCGAACAACUCACAGCAUUAUACCUCCAAGACGUUCGCGACGUCUCCGCCCUGACCUUCUCGCUGUACUUCCUCCCCGCCCCGAUCUGCGGGUUGCUGAUGAACGUCGCCAUCGGCGCGUUGCUACCGUACCUGCGUCCCUCUGUCACCGUUCCCGCCGGCUGUCUCGCAGAAAGGAGACCAGAGCUUCGUAGGUUUCUCAGCUGA